CUGGGCUUCCCCUGGCUGUACGGGCUCCCUUCAAGAGUCUCCAAGUCACUCCAGGCCUCCUGGAGCUUCUCAUUGGUCGCCACCGCUAUUAUGCUAAUCAGGGGGCAGUCCUAGCCCAUACAGGUUCCAGCAGUUGAAUUUGGCGCUACUUCUAUUCACUGCAGACCAGUGCCCAUGGAGACCGAGAUGGACGUGAGUGAGUUCCUGAUGCCCAUAGACGAAGAAGAGGACUCGAGGGAGUCAGCGCUGCGUGGCCGCAAGCUGCCGCUGGGGCUGGGGCUCCUGCUGCUGCUGGCGGUGGUGGGGCUGCUUGUGCCCCUCAUCUACUUCGCUGUCAGGGCCAACAGCAAGGCCUGCGUGGACGGCCUCCAAGCACAGAAGGAGUGUCAGGAGCUCAACAAACACCUGCAGCGCCAGCUAAACCAGCCCCAGGAAGUCUUACAUGAGAAGGAAGCCGAAGCUGCCACGUGCAAACAGACUGUGGCGACCCUGAAGGACUCUCUGAAGAAGGAGCAGGCACGAGUGGACGAGCUUCAGGGAGAGUUGGCGAACUUGAACCAACAAGUGGAUGACCUUUCCGAGAAAUUAAGAAGAAAGAGUGAAGACUCAGCGAAGGAUUACGCCUCCAGCUUCUUCGACGUGUUCCUCUCCUUUUUCGGGGGUGUGGUGACGACUCGGGUUGUGUCCAUCACCCGCAAGUGUCUGAAGAAAUGAGGUCCCAGAAGGCCGGCAGGCCGCAACCAGGACUGGACGGACUCCAGCUCCAAUUCCCGGUUUGAGGCUUCUGGUCCUGGCCAGUCGGGACACGACCACAUGGCAACACCGUCGGAGGGAGGAUGGGGUAGCCUAAGGGGCCCAGGGCAGGGCAGUCCUGUAAGAGUGGGCAGUAGCAGCCCUGGUCCAAGGCCGCCUAGAGCCAGGGAUGGCACGCGAGUCGGGUUGCGGCACCUCCAUCUUGCUGACACUGCUCUGAGAAAGUCACUUUCUUCUUGGGUCUUUGGACUCAAAAUGGAAGCAUUCCGUUUGGGGGGAAAACUGGACUCUCGAGUGUUUGGAACGUUCCUGGGGCACCUCCCAUAGCAUCUGAGGCCUGCCCUGCAGACGAAGGUGGACAUCCACUGACGUCCACAGCCAGCCUUCCGUGCUCUAGAAUGUUCCUCAGUACCGCUGGGGUUCCAGCAGGCACUGUCCCCCUGCAUCCCCAGCCCUCUUCUCUGCUGGCAGCAUCGAAGGACCCUCGUCCGGGCUCCCUGCCUGCAGUUUUCUCCUCUCAUCUCCUGGCUUCUCUCAUCUCAUUAGCGCUUCAUCUUCGGAUGACACUGCUUCCACGAGGAAACCGAGGCUGAGACGAGGGACACUCUGUCCUGGCUCCCAGUCCCUUCCGGCAGAAAGUGCAGGGCUGGGACUCACACUUGGAUGAGCAGACUCGGGGCAGAUCUGUGUCACCUGACCCUGCCACCUCCAUCCCCCAAGCUCCUAUUCAUCCUACAGUACCCAGCCCUGGAAGCCCCUCCCCAGAGAUUCCUCUGCUUCUCAAAAUGAAGUCCUCGAAGAGUUCUCUGAUGUCUUAGUGGUUAGGAUUCCAGGCUCCCAAGGCCUGGGUUCAGUCCCUGGUCUAGACACUAAUAUCCCAUCACCGGGAGAGAUGAGCAAUAAAAAGGAAAGAAAGCUCUCCCUGUGUGUGCUCCCUGCUCCUAAAAUGGAGUUUGAUGGUGGCCUUCCUUAACAGAGCCCCUUAUAAGCAUAUGGUUUCUACGUGACUACAAAGAAUGUUCCCGAAUGCUUUAGUGGAAGGAAGCUUGUAGAAAAUAAGAAAGAGCCAAAGUGGGAACUGUUUGAGUGACAAAAUAAAUAUCAUCAGGUGUAAAAUAAAUAUCAUCAGGUGUGAAAUAACUGUCCAUGAGUUGACAGGAAUAUGAAGACAUGACUGACUAAAAUAAUAAAUGAAAGAGAGGAGAAAAAUCUCCAAGGUGGAGGAAUAUCAAAUAACAUACGCAGAUAUCCGGCCCUCAAGAGGAUGGUGUGCGGGUCCCAUGGCUUUGGUGUGGGCUGUAAAUCAUCACCUCUUUCCAGAGGCACAGGGGGAAGAGAGGAAGGGGGCGGCUUUAUGGUGGAGACGCCUGACGAACACCACCUCAGCCAGGGCCGCAUGACCCAGAUCACAGAGUGAGUCAGGCCGCUGGCCCGUGUCCUGGACACACGUGUGUCGUGAGAAAGGCACUUGCCCUUCCCCGUCCUUCUCGCCAAAGCCCAGUCCAGCCACGAGAACAACACCAGGCCUAUCCCUCCCGAGGACCACCCUGCAGAUCACCUGACUCUCAGCUCCCAAGGUCAUCACCACCAGGAAAGCCUGAGAAGCUGCCUGACCCAUGGGAGCCACAGAGGCAUCAGGACUCAGGGUCCUGUGAGGAUCCGGGGGCAGAAAAAGGGCAGUGGGGGAAACUGAGGAGAUGGGAUAAUGCAUGGGCUUCAGUUAACCCUGUUAUCCGUCAGCACUGGUUCAUACAUUCCAACACAUGCACCUUAAGAUGAAAGAUGAGCACAGUGGGGGAAAUGGAAAAUGAGUCUAUGCAGUGUUUCUGGACUAUCUUUGCUGGGUGUGUGCAAACCAAAAUAAAGGGAGUCUU